AUGUUUCUGCCUGCUCUAGAGUCUGAGGUUCCCAUCAUCUAUAACCUUAUGCUCGAACUGCAGCCUCCAAUUCCGCGUAAACGUCCUCGGUCAGAGCCACCGGAGCCCAACGAAACGUCGCAGCCUGUAUCAAAAAAGCAGAGACCCAACUGUCCCUGUCCAUCUCUGCCACCGCCCGCAUUUUGGGACGACUUAUCAAAGAUCUGGUUGACCAAACGAGCAUUGAGAGAGCUAGACCGAAGAAAUAUUCAAGCUGCUCCAAGCCUGCCUCGUUCACCCCAACGACGAGACCGCCGACCAGUCGCCUCAAAAUUCGUCGCUGGCCAGAAUCGAAAUUGCCCAGCUACACACUACGCGGCUCACUAUAUACGUCUCUGUAAGCCGGAGACCUUGAAAGAUAUAAAGCUAUUUGCCAGAAACGGUGGUCCAGACCUAUCGGACGUGAGGAACUACCCUGAGGCUAUACCUUCUUCGACCCCUACAAUGAGCCCAAGCCGUUCGAGGUCCCGGGGUCGACAACGGGGCUCUGCAACUGCCCCAAGCACUAAGGCUACCACAGAUACGACGAGAACGAAGAGCACGGGGGUAUAUGACCGUAACUUUCAGCAAAACCUCAUCGAUUACAGUAUAUAUCCUUCUGAGUACAUACACCCCGCCGGCCAUGCAGCCCCGAAUCCAAGGAACUGGCGGACAAUCAAUCAGCGAUUAGUACAACGUCGACCUUCUCUUUCCCCGUCCAAAUUCGGGGACGAGGACUAUAAAGGGUUUAUGCAAGCGGAUGCGAAUGCCUCCAAAGAAAAGCAAGUGUCAGAAUCGGUAAUUCCCAUUAUCGAGGGUAAGGUUAGAGACGCGAAAUGCCGUUCAGGAGGAAUCCCGUUUACUAACCUCGACCCCCUGACGAACGGCACGCUCAAGCCUGGUAACCCGGACUUGUAUUACGGCGCCCGUCCAGAACAGCUUAGUCGAGCCGUCCGCGACGAGAUUGGAGGCCGUAUAAUCCCUUCGACGCAGCACGAUCUUCCCCUGGUACCAAACUUUUUCCUAGCAGUGAAAGGGCCGGACGGAUCAGCUGCGGUGCUUAAACGACAAGCUUGCUACGAUGGUGCGCUAGGAGCGAGAGGUAUACAUAGCCUUCAGUCGUAUAGAAGUGCCGAGCCCACUUACAACAAUAACGCAUACACUAUAACCUCUACAUAUCAUGCUGGCACGCUGAAGAUGUAUACCAGCCAUGUUGCCCAACCGCGGAGUCCUGGAGGCCGUCCGGAGUAUAACAUGCACCUACUAAAGGCGUGGGCUAUGGAUGGUGCUCCGGAGACAUUUAGACAAGGAGCCACAGCGUAUAGGAAUGCAAGAGACUGGGCAGAAGAGCAGAGGGAUGAGGCAAUCAGACAAGCGAAUGAAACCUCGGUAGAAGCUGAGGCGCCGACCAGCAAUGCAGGUGCCAGUCCAGUCCCAAGCUUUGUAACGGCAGUCUCGGAGACAGAAGCCUCCCCUAUGCUUCCUCCAGGCCCUGAGGGGUCCAAUACUUCAGUAGAUGAAGACCUUGAGGAUCACGCACAUCCAGCCAAGCAUCCGAUAGACCGUUCAAAGACCCCUCAGGCACGGCGUAAGCGACGCCCUGCAGGCGAAUCUGAUGGGACAUGA